CUAUGGUCGCCGCGGCAAGGAGGGCUGCGCUCGUUCACCAGCAGUAGCUGCAAGCUGGCCGCCGCUUUCCCGUUCCGACAUGUGCCCAAGCACAGGCCUUUUCCAGUCCAGGUCCAGGUUGAAGUCUAAGUAUUUGAUCCGGGAGCGCCGCGGGGACGUGCAGACUAGUUGGCAUUUAUGUGACGAGGGGCCUAGCACCUUUCCGUGGCCGUGAAUAUGUUUGGUAGACUGACCUUUCCUCAGAAAAUCCUGGGGAUGGUCCUUGGCGUUGCUGGAGGCAUCUACGUCUAUAAGCCAAUCUUUGAUCAGUUCAGAAGAGAACAGAAACAAAUUAAGGAAACAUUGGAAGCACCACAAGAUGUAGCAAAGGAAGACUAGUGAGACUUGUGUGGAGCUGCUGCGCUGUGUUGACUUGGGCACUGUAUGUUUAUGCCUUAAUGUGAUAAAAAGCGCAGUUUAUCGUUCAAAAUCAAACAUGUUUGUAUUGGUAAAGAAUAAAUAAUGGCAAAA